AUGACGGAAGGAGGAAAUUCGUUGAGUUUAACAGAUGACGACGACGAUUUCGAGGAAGAACCACUGCCGGAGUUGUCCGGGACCUUGUGUAAAUGGACCAACUAUUUGCACGGCUGGCAGGAUCGUUAUAUCGUUUUGAAGGAUGGUACAAUUAGUUAUUAUAAAUCAGAGGAUGAGACGGCGUUUGGGUGUAGAGGGGCUGUUUCAAUUUUGAAAGCUACUGUUACGCCCCACCAGUUUGAUGAGUGCCGCUUUGAUGUCAGUGUUAGCGACAGUGUGUGGUACCUGAGAGCAUCAACACCAGAGGAGCGGCAGACGUGGAUUGAGGCUAUUGAACUUCACAAACAGGCUGAUUCUUGUUAUGGAAGUGAAAAUAAUUUGCGCCGUCAUGGUUCCCUGUUAUCACUGGCUUCUGGAACCAGUCUCUCUCAGACGUCUGCAUCAUCAUUCAAGCGAGGGCGUGGGCUGAAAGAGAAACUGGCAGAAAUGGAAACAUUCAGAGACAUAUUAUGCAGGCAGAUUGACACAUUACAAAGCUACUUUGACUCCUGUGCUUCAGCAGUUACACAUGGAGCAGUCCAAGAAUUGUCUGAACAUGAUUCUGAUGAUGAUCUCGACAUACCACACAGUGCCUCCAGCAAUUAUGCACUUUCCCACCGACUUGAAGGACUGAGGGGGAAAGAUUUAGCAUCCGUCCUGCAGCAGCACGGGGGCCAUUCUGUUGACUUCAAAGGUGAGGCACUUACCUUCAAGGCUACAACAGCUGGAAUCAUUGCCACACUCUCCCAUUGUAUUGAGCUCAUGGGUCAGAGAGAGGAGACAUGGAAAAAGAGAUUGGACAGGGAAGUUGAAAGAAGGAAAAAGUUUCUAGAGGCAUAUAAAACCUUUGUAUCAGACAAGAGCAAAAAAAUUAUUGUGGGAGGACCAGAUUAUGAGGAGGGCCCUCAUUGUUUGAUACCAGAGGAAGAAUUUUACGAUGCGGUUGACGCCACAUUAGACAAACUAGAAAAAGAAGAAGAAAAGAAGAGAAUUGUUGAAUCCACAAGCAAGCCAGACCAUGCCAUAUCUCUGUCUUCUUCUCAUCCAUUCUAUAAAGAGAUCAAUGAUGCUAUAAACAGUCACCUGAACCGCCUUUUAAUGGAACCAGUAGAGGAGAAAGAUGGGUGGGUGUGUAUUGCAGACCAAGGUGACCUCAAAGUUUUCAAGAGGGAGUUGGAGGAGAAUGGCAUUCCAAUAGAUCCAAUGAAGGCUGUGUGUACAGUGAAGGGUAUAACAGGACAUGAAGUUUGUCAGUAUUUUUGGGCAUUCGACACCAGAAUGGAAUGGGAAGCAACGCUGGACAACUGCCAUGUUGUAGAAUGGUUGUCAGAUGAUACUUUCGUCAGCAAUAAUGUGAUCAAGAGAGUCUGGCCAGCGUCCCAGCGUGAUGCCUUGUUCUGGUCACACAUACGCCAUGUUUCCAAGCGGAAUGAUGAGGGACCAGACUGUUGGAUUGUUGUCAACUAUUCCUGUGAACACCCAGAAUGCCAGCCUGUCAAAUACGUGCGCAUCACCAUGAAUGUGGCAUUGAUUUGUGAGACCAUCAUCGAACCUCCAGCAAGUGGGGACAUUACCAGGAAGAAUAUCACCUGUAAAAUUACAUACACUGCAGAUGUCAACCCCGGAGGCUGGGCUCCAGCAUCAGUAUUGAGGGCUGUUUACAAACGGGAGUAUCCAAAGUUUUUGAGACGAUUUACAGAAUUUGUAGUAGAUAAGACAAAAGACAAGCCUAUUUUAUUCUAA